CAUACGUAUGCGGGCAUCGUCCGUCCUUUGCACACAGCCGACGAGCGGAUGUGACGUUCUGGGCCGCUGGGUUGCUGCGCAGUUCUCCGGAGAAAAGAGAAGGAGAACGAGACGGCGAGGCGCAUUCGGGAGGGAUUCGUUCUUGCGGCAGCUUUCGGCGGCACUAGCCCUCGCCCAGGCUUGGCCUGCUCCUGCCUCAGGCCCCGAGAGCGAGAGAGCGACAGCCGGGCAGGGGCCGCCGCGACCAAACGCUGCUGUUCGUUAUUGAAAUCAUGAAUCCUGUUUAUAGUCCUGGAUCUUCUGGGGUACCCUUUGCAAAUGCCAAAGGAAUUGGAUAUCCAGCUGGAUUCCCAAUGGGCUAUGCAGCUGCUGCUCCUGCUUAUUCUCCUAAUAUAUAUCCUGCAGCAAAUCCAACAUUCCAAACAGGUUAUACACCAGGCACACCGUAUAAAGUCUCUUGCUCACCCACCAGUGGUACAGUGCCUCCUUAUUCUUCGUCGCCCAAUCCUUACCAAACUGCAGUAUACCCAGUUCGAAGUGCCUAUCCACAGCAGAAUCCAUAUGCACAGCAAGGCACUUACUAUACACAGCCUUUAUAUGCAGCACCACCCCACGUAAUCCAUCACACUACAGUUGUGCAGCCCAAUGGAAUGCCUGCAACUAUGUAUCCAGCACCAAUUCCACCUCCCAGAGGAAAUGGUGUCACCAUGGGAAUGGUGGCUGGGACCACAAUGGCAAUGUCUGCAGGUACCUUGUUGACAACACAUUCCCCAACUCCCGUAGCCCCCCACCAAGUUACAAUGCCCACUUAUCGAGCUCCAGGAACUCCAACCUAUAGUUAUGUGCCCCCACAGUGGUGAUUACCAUUACCCAGUAUUUGAAGAUGGGAGAUAUGCAAUCAAGUAACUGAGGUUUAAAAGUUGGUGCUGAAGCCUUCAUGCCUCCAACCAGGACUUGUUUCUUCUGAAUGCUUGCAAUCCUUUGCUAAACACUAAUUCCACUGAAGACUUCCCAGUGCUGCAUAUCUUACAUCUUGGAACUCCAGCAGUUAGUCUUAAAGCAAAUCCUGUUUUGUGGACUGUCUUGCAAUUUUUAGCUAAUUAUAAUGAUUAAAGGGAGUAUAAAUUUAUUGAUUCAUAUCUAGUUGAAUGCAUGUCUAAAACUCGCAAAGCUUGCUCAACCUACCUGCUCUGACUGAUGCAAAAAUUGUCAUAUGCAAAAUCCAAACAAGCCGAAAAGUAUUUUACAGUUUAUAUCACUAAUGCACUGUUGUAAUGUUUGCAGGGUCUUAAAGAGGUAGAAUUGUGGCAGUGAUUUUUUUUUUCAUCAUUCUACAUUGGCAAGUGUGUUAACCUUUUAAGUCACCAGGUAAAGGGAGAAAAAAUUGGCAGUGUUUUUCUUUCUGGUUCUGUGACUGAAGAAAUCUUGCAAAGGAACCAUUUGUUAUUUGUAAGUUCUUUCCAUUUCCACUUUUUGGAUUCAGUGUUAUGGACAUUCUCAAGGACAAAAACAUACAGGAAAAAUACAGUUAGGAUAUUUUUCCUAUCUAAUUCAUUAAUCAUCAUUGGAAUGUUUGGUGGAAAAUCAUCCAUGUAAUGGUUUACCUCCCAGAACAGUCUUAAGUGAUUGAUGUCAAUGAUUGCCACACUGCUGGUAAAUAGAAUUUCAUUCAAUUUUGUUCAGGUCCACCCCUCCAACAAAAAUGGGCUAAUCUUGGCCAGAUUGAUAGUUUGAGCAGUUUUCUUUUGUAAAAGCAUAGUCAUAUCAACAUUUCAAUAGAAAAGAAUUCAACAUAUUCUGAAGAAAAAUGUCCUUUUUGAUAUAUUAAAGGGGAGCAAACUAAUUAAAUGAUUUUAUUGGCUUAUUUUCCUUGCAGCAUGGAUAUGAACCAAGUGUGGAAGCAAAUGUUAGAAUAUACAUUUACAUAAAAAGUAGGACUAAAUUCAAAAGUGAUCAAGUACAAAGAUUCUUGUUGGUGAUAAUCUUUUGGCAUAAUCUUGGGCAUAUACUUUUUUACCUCCUAAAUUGCAUUUGGAAAAAGUGAAAUUAAGAAAACAGAUGCAGUAUUUCAUUGCAGCGAACCACUUCUGAACUCCUUGCCUACAGCUUUGAGUCUUUGUAGAAGUACCUCAGUCAAUGCUGUGGCAAUAUAGGGCUAGUCUUGGAACCAGUUUGUGUACCAAAAUUAUUAUGGGAUUUUAAAAAUUUUAUUUUAGGCUUUAAUUUCAGUGCUAAAAGCAAUCAAGGGCUUUCUUUGAAUUGGCACCAAUUAUUAUUUCCCCCAGUAUUUCCUGUCUGCAAUAAAUAGUGUAGUCAAAGAUUAAAAUGUUCCCUUUUAAAGUUAACAUUUGUAGAUUAGUUUAUAGUAUUGGUAAAAUAUUUGCAAGUUGUUGGUGUUUUUUAAUUGUGAAACAGCAUCCUAACAUUGGGAUGAUAAGUUUUUAAAUCAGAUGUUACAACUACUUAUAUGUAACUUGGAAACUGAUUUUAGUACUACCAUUCUAUUUUUUUUUCCUCUGGGGCAAGAAUCUUCUGUGCCUAAAAUCCCUUUGAAACGGCCCUUAUGAUGUUUAAACAAUAACAUACUCUUUUUUUGGUUUCAUUUUACUUAAAAUGUAUUUUCUUUGGAUCAUUAUAUGACACAUGUAUCCAAAUGCCAGUGACACAACAUAAUUGUAUGUAUUCUUACAUUUUAAUCUUUAGCACUUAUUGCAGCUGAGAAAGUUCUGUAUCAAUAGAACAAGCAAAUUCAUUCUUGCCAUUUGGGUCUGCUUAGCUAUUACUCCAUUUGUGAAGUUGUCAUCAUUCUGAAGAGUGCUCCUUAAACUUAAUGAUUAUUCAGUACGGACACUUAACCAGUGUAGCAGACUUUUAAAGUUAAAUGUUUCUUGCAUUUAUCACAGAUGUGAAUUUUGAAAAAUAGUUUUGCCAGGGACAUGUUGAAAAUAAAUAAAAGCUUAUGUCUUUAUAUAAAUGUCCUGAAGUCUAUAGCUAAUGCAGCACUUUGUAAAUGGUAAAGAUAAAUUGUACUUGAUUCUUCUCAAUUUUCAGUUUCUAGAUACUUCCUUGGUUGGUUGGUUUGUUUUUUAAAUACAGUGAUACCGUAGUAACAGCUUUUAGGUAAUCCGACUUUGAGCACUUUUUUCUGAGUUGUGUUAUGGGAUUCAUCUGCAAUGGAGGAUUAGUACUAUGCUGUCCCUUGAGGAGUAGUAGUACUUGCAAAAAUUACUGCACCUUCCAGAAUUUGGGGGAGGGGGGGAUGGGGCAAUGAUAUUUUAUUGGAGAUAAGUCCAUACCUCCGAUAGCAUCAGUAGGAAAGUAACCAAAAGCACAGUGAUGAGAGGAUGUAUAUAGCUUGGUAUAUUGUUGCAAAUAAUUAAAAAAGCAUGACUAUGAAACAAAGUUUGUACUUCAAAUGGAUGUAUUAGACAGGGGAUAUUGUGGAUUUUUUUCUCCUUCUGGCUGUUAGUUCCCUAUUUAGAAUUCCUGUAUGGGAGGGUGGGGGAGGUAAAGCCUCUAAUUCUUAGUAUGUGGUUGCAUUGAAACUCCUCCGAAACCUUUAAAGGAGGUUGAUGCAGCAGAGACAAGGCUCCAAUCAAGCUGCUUCCAAACAAAUGCAGCCUCUAGAGGGGAAUACAGUAACAUAUUACAGCAAUAACAAAGAAAACAAAAGAUCUGAGUUUAAUUUGAAAGGCUAUGUUUUUAAAUAAUACUGAAGGCAUUGUUUAGGAGACAUUCUCAAACUAUAUAACACAAUAUUUGAAGUGUCUUUUUUUUUUAAAAAAAAAAAUAGCAAAAUAGACACAUUCUACAGAUACUUUAUAUUUGGCCAAGAAACUUGUAGAUGUAAUCAGUGGUAUUAAUGCUAACCAACUGACAUGAAACUAAAUAUUAAUUGAGGUAAUAAAUGUAUAACUAAAAUAUUACUGUAGACAUACAUUGAAAUACUCUGAGAAGCUCAUACAUUACCACGAAAUAUGUCUUGAUGCCACGAUGGAGAUAAUGGAGGGAAGAAGGUUUUUUGCUUUAUUUGGAUUCCUGAAAUGUAACCCAGUGAGAGCAGAGUUUUUAAUUUCUCAUGACUAAAACUUGGCACAGGCUCCAUAAUAUAGUUAAUAUUCCAUGACCAUUGCAAAGUAAUUUUAACUUCAGUGGAGAAUUUUGAAUUUAUUAGGAAAAGCUUUUGUUCCUAUGCAUUUCUACUGAGCAUUCUUAUUGCUUGGUUGUGUAAGUUAAUUUUGUUACAGUCAAAAUGCAGGGGAACAAAACAUUUUCAACUAGUUUGUAUUGCAUUGUUGUGUUGAUACUAUGAAGCAGACACCCAACACCACUAAGGGUCUAUUCUGGGACAAGAAAUAAAAUAGGUAUUGAUAAUUAUUUUCUGACAGUGAAGUUUAAUAUUACAUUCUGUAUUAGGUUGUUUGCUAAUUUAGCAUAUUCUCUUUCUGUCUCUGCCUGCAAACACUGAGCCCCAAUUUGUUUUUAACCUGUGCAUAGAGUUUGUUUGCACUUGGCCUUUCCUCUUGACUUUUUCCUCUGUGUAGUCAUUCCUUCUCAAAAUAUCUAACAAUCUCAUCCACGUGGAAUAAUAACAAAAGGGAGACAGCAGUGCAGGCAAGGGAGCUGCAUUUAUAUUAAACAUCUAAUUCUUGUUCAAGCUGCCAGACAGUAGAGAUUGAAAGGCAGCAAGCGACAAGUAACUGGAGAGAGGUUGUAUUAUCAGAAUUUUGAAUUGUCUCUUCAGCCUGCUGAAGACAUUGGUAUUUAUGAGAUGCUGAGGUGGCUAUUUGAAAUGGGCACUCUUUCUAAAAUGACAUGGAAAUAUUUGAGCAUCCCAAUAUCAGGAGCCAAUUUAACAUACCAAGAUAGUCUGAAUAGUUUGACUUCCAAUUCCCUGUCAUCGGUAUCUCUAUGACUUUUGCUAAUCUGAUACGACUUUUGAGCACUUAGCAAGCAAACUGUGGAAGCUUCACUUAGCUUGCUGCUGUACAAACUUGUUUUUAGUAGAAUGGAUUUGUUAGUGGGAUUUUUAUUGUAGUGCUAUUAUUGGCUGCCCUUGUGGGGUGAAAAGUGGAAUGCAUGCAACAGAAGUGCAAGAGGCCCCAGUAAUAGUGUUGUUAUGAAAUAGGCACAGGUUUCCUUUUUAUAUAACUUUUUUUUUUAAAAAAAAAACUGUCUUAAAACAGUUGUAUUGGUACUUUUUCCCAAGUUUAGGUCAAUGUUGUCUUCCAGAAGUUUAAAGCAUCACAUCUUUUGCAUCAACACAUAGGAGUGGCAAUUCCAUUCUGAGCCAAUUGUGUAAAAUUCAUUUUUAUUAUACAAUCGAAUGAGUAGAUGAGCUCAGAGUUAAAUUCUUAAAAGCACGUUUAUGUAACAGGAAUUGUUAUGUAUUAAUACUUCAGUUUUCAAUAAAGAUUGACUGUGUUGCUUA